CCCAGGUUUGAGGGCCGGAGAGACCCGUGUCCCUCCCAGGGCUGGGGGCCUUUCCUGCCCCGCUCCCCCUCCCAGGCCCCUCCUCUUCUGGGGGAUUCUGGGAGAAUCGUAGCAUCCUAGAGUUGGAAGAGACCUGGUGGGCCAUCAUCCAGUCCAACCCCAUUCUGCCAAGAAGCACCCCUGACAGAUGGCCACCCAGCCUCUGCUCCAAAGCCUCCACCACACUCCCUCCGGGGCAGAGAGUUCCACUGCUGAACAGUUUCUCUCUGUGUCAGGAAGCUCUUCCUCAUGUUCAGGUGGAAGCUCCUUUCCUAGACUUUGAAGCCAUUGUUCCAUUGCGUUCUAGUCUCCAGGGAAGCAGAAAAAUAAGCUUGCUAGAAGGCACCUCCCUGGUCGUCUUCUCCAGUGUCCCAUUGCUCUGCCCCACACGGAUUGGCCCCUGGGGAAGCCCUUUCCCUUCCGGGCUCUGUCCCAACUCGGGCCCACUCCUCCCCCAAAGAAUGAGUGGACACAGUGACCCUCCCUUGGGCCAGACUUCAGUGGCCUCCUGCCAUGUAGACAGAGUCUGCGCCACAGCUGUGGCUGCCAAAGGGAGGCCAAAGAAGAAGGGGUCGAGGGACGGGGCCCGUGGGGCAGCGGGUGAGGGCUCCCUUUCUCUCUCUUCCCACAGAAUGUCCCGGUGGAGGCCACGCAGAGGGUCCUGGAGGAGUAUCUGGGGGAGAUGGAAGACCCCCAGGAACUACGGGAGCAAUUUCAGGAUUUCAUGGGGGACGCCAUGUUUGUCCUUCCUGCUCUUCGGGUAGCGAGAGCUCAUAGAGACUCGGGUGCCCCCGUCUACUUCUACGAAUUCCAGCAUCGCCCUUCCAUCUUCAGAGACACCAGGCCGGCUUUUGUAAAGUCCGACCACGGAGACGAAGGCAUCUUUGUUUUGGGAACGCUGUUCUUAAGCAGCAAGGAUUCCCCGUUUGCCUUUGCAGGGGGAUACACCGAGGAGGAGAAACGGCUGAGCAAGACGGUGAUGCGAUACUGGGCAAACUUUGCACGCAGCGGGAACCCCAACGGCCACGGGCUGGUGGAGUGGCCCCGCUACGACCAGGAGGAGGGCUACCUGGAGCUGGGCUUGGAGCUGAGAGGAGCCCACAAGCUGAAGCAGAGCAAAGUCGACUUCUGGCUGAAGACCCUGCCGGAGAAGAUGAGGAAGGAGGAGGAGGAAGAAGAGAGGAAAACACACCAAGAGCUGUAGGCAAGGGAGGGGUGGCCACAGAGGAGAACAAGGCACCUCGAGGGAGGAAGAGGAGGAGGAGGAGGAGGAGGAGGAGGAGGAGGAGGAGGAGGAGGAAGCAGAGCCUGGUGAUGUGAUGGGGAAAUUGAUGUCGAGCAAGAAUUUGGGGGUCUUUGCCAGGAGGCAGAGACCAAUCAGACCCAACAAGGAGAGUCCGGAACCCUGGCGAGACGAGCAAAGCACCCCAGAUUUUUCCCUAAAUUUUCCCAAAUAAAGUCUCACCAAAGUUGAAGAACA